AUGGAUCCUGGAGCCAUUACUGGCCUCGUUGUGCUGGCAGUGCAAGUCGCAUCUGCCUGUGGAGAGUACAUCAAUGAGGUUAAGGAUGCGUCCGACCAAAUGGGACACUUGAAGAACGAAGUCGUGCUCCUCCAGGAUAUACUCGAGUCGCUCGAGAAGCUUCGACUGGAGAGCCCAGGAGACCAAAGAGUGAUUUCCCUUAGUCGCCGACCCGAGUGCUUUGAAGAGUGCAGCAAACUACUCGAGGAAGUGCAGAAAAAGCUCAAUCCAGGGCCUUCCUCAGAUACUCGAGUGUCGGUGAUCAAAAACGCAUAUCGAUCUCUGAAAUGGCCGCUGGAGAAAAAGAAUGUGAUGGAGCGUGUCGAGCAAAUCCGUCACUACAGCAUCACGUUCAGUACCGCCAUGCAACUGGAGCAGAACCAUACCAUCAAUCGGAUUGCAUGGGAAAUUGAUGCACAACGGCUGAAAAUCGCGCAAGAAGCAGAGAUUGAUUUCAGUGAGGACACUAUGCAGUGCCUUGACGGGACCAGGGGAGAGCUUCUCGACCAAAUUGAGGAAUGGGCGAAAUCCUCUCAGGGAAAUUGUAUAUUCUGGUUGUCUGGAGCGGCAGGGAUGGGGAAAUCCACGAUUUCCCGCACAAUAUGUCAGCGCCUCAAGGAUCAAAAGCUGUUGGGAGGAAGCUUCUGCUUCAAACACGGCGAAACUGACAGAGCAAAUGCGAAGAGGCUUUUCCCAACUCUCGCCAAACAGCUGGCGGACAGGGUUCCCAGUCUGAGACCCGAGAUACAGCGUGCCAUCCAUAGCGAGCCAUCCAUUUCAGACAAAGCGCCUUUGGAACAGUUUAACAGGCUCCUCCUCGAGCCCUUCCAGAACGUGAAGGUUGGUAAAGAAGUGACUUUGGUGCUCGUGAUUGAUGCACUCGACGAGUGCCACGCAGACGUGGCGCAAAAUAACGUCAAGACCAUCCUAAGAAUAUUACCUCGUAUACAGGCAAUCAAGUGGGUAAAGCUUCGCUUCUUCCUCACCUCCAGACCUGAGCUUGUUGUGCGACUGGGGUUCAAAGAGCUCAAACGUGACGAUCUGCGGAACUUGAAGCUCGAUGACGCUUUGGAAACCGCUCGGGACAUCUCAAUAUUCCUUCACCAUUCGUUCGAGAACAUCCGUUCCGAUUAUGGCUUUUCAAGUUCUGUGAAAUGGCCUAAACGCGAGGAAAUGGACAUCCUGCUUGACAAGACGGUGCCGCUGUUUAUCUCGGCGGCGACCUUGUGUCGAUUCAUUCACAACGCUCCCAACCCUAAAAGACGCCUCCAGGAUAUCCUUGCAGACAAAACCAGCUACGUAUCGCAAAUGGCCGCAACCUACCUACCGAUCUUGAAACAGCUUCUGGUUGGUCAAAGCCGACGGACCAUCAAGGACGACGUUAUCUUACCUUUCAAACUGAUUGUGGGCUCAAUCAUCCUGCUAGCAACCCCUCUCUCGAUCAACACACUAUCCGGCCUCCUCGGCCUCGAAGCAGAGGAUAUUCAGAUGCGAUUAAAUCAGCUUCAUUCGGUUCUAAACGUGCCUGAAGAUCUUGAUUCAGCAGUUCGACUAUUCCAUCUAUCAUUCCGAGAUUUUCUUCUGGAUGAAGAAACCAGGGAUACAGACGAGAGCGAGAAAUUUUGGAUUGAUAAAGAGGAGAUGCACCAGACCCUGACUGAACGAUGCCUUCGGAUCAUGGAUGGCCAGUUGGACAAGAGCAUCAGCCCUCAGUUGAUUCAGCAACACCCGCCUUCAGAGCUUCAAUAUGCUUGUCGUUAUUGGACUCAGCAUUUGGCGCAGUGUCUUGAUCCGACAAGUGCAUUGAAUGAUGCAAUUUCAGUUCUCAAAGUCCACUUUCUUCACUGGAUGGAAGCAAUGAGUAUCAUGGGCCUCAUUUCCGAAGUCAUCGAGGCGGUUAACCGAUUACAGUCUGUGUCUUCCGUGAGUUCCUGGAGUAUUCGAAUACAUCCGCAACCGCUAAAAAUAAUAGAAAAAUGA